AUGCCGAGAAGAAGCAACCGCGUCGCCGAGGUUUCUACUGCCGAAACAGCGUCAACCAGAGUGACUCGUUCAGCCACCAGAGUUCCACGACUCGCCAACGAGAAGAACGCCGAGCUUGAGAAAAUCAUAAAAGAAGUUGAUCAAACGAAGCGUCAACUGGCGGCGGAAAAGAAGAAGAACGAGACGUUGGCGGAAGUUCAGAGCAGGGAGGUUGCCGAUGUAAACAGCAGAAUAGCCGACGCCCGAAUGAGGAGGGAUCGGGAGGUGGCUCAGAACCGUGCGGAUCUCGAUCGAAUGACGGCAGAUCAUGACAAUGAUGCGAAGGCACUCAAACAGAUCAAUGUGCGUGUCAAGGCUCUCACCGAUGAGGCUGACAGAAAUGCCGUUCUCAAGGCCGAAAAGAAGGCGAUUGCUGACCUGAGAAAGAAAAACGUCGGCAUCUCGAAGCAGCUCAUAUCGAAGGAGGAGGCAAAGAAUGGAGCGCCGCUCCCGUGGAGAACCUGCGAGAUCUGUUUGCAGGUCUACACGCAGACCGGAUCAAAAACUCCUCGUAUUCUCUCCUGUGGCCACACCCUCUGCCUCUCCUGCUGCCGUCAAGUAAGCGAAUACGCGAGCCAGUACCUCCGGUGCCCAUUCGAUCGAACGAUCACUAAAGUCAACGGUAGUCAGGUGGAGAAUCUCCCAAAGAAUAACCUUGUUCUUAAUAUACGAAGCAAUAGACUUGCCGGAAUCUCAUCGUCACAGGAUGGACCAGCUAAAUCGACUCGAUCUAAUGCCGUUCCACGUAUUUUAAAGACGAAAAAUGCUGAAAUGGAGAAAUUAACGAAGGAAUUGAAGAAGUGCCAAAGUCAGCUGGCGGCAGAGAAAAAGAAAACGAUUAAAAUGACGAAUGAUCACAAGAAUCAGAUUCUCGUGUUGAAUCUGGCCAGAGGAAGGGUGGAACGUGAAAUAGAUUUUAAUCGAGCCGAAUAUCGAGCUGAAUUAAAUCGAUUGUUGAGUGGACGUGAGCAAGAUAACGUAAAAUUGAAACAUCUGGAACUUCAAUUGAAAGCUUUAACUGAUGAUUAUAAUCGGGAUGAGGUGUUGCAACGGGCGCGAAGAACGAUUGCUGCGUUGAGAAAUCGGAAUAAAGAUUUGACGAGACGACUGUCGAAAAAGGAAGAACAAAAGAUUGGAGAGCCGAUGGCAUGGAAAGUUUGUGAGAUUUGUCUGAACGAGUACAGUCAGAACGGAGACAAAACUCCACGUUUGUUGAGUUGCGGCCACACUCUCUGUCUUGGAUGUAUCAAGCAAAUCGCCAAACCGGACUACGUGCUUUGCCCAUUCGAUCGAAUUCUGACUUCUCUCGCCGCUCGAUCGACCGAACAACUCCCAAAGAACUUUUUGGUUUUCAACAUGUAA